CAAAACAUAAUGUUAUUGUAUGUAUCUUGCAUGCAUACAAUUCUUUCCUAUCCACUAGCAAUUGUACAUACGCACUGUGAUCAUUACUGCUUUUAUAUUGAUCGUUCAGAAAUGUCCAACAUACUAGUUAUUUCUGCUUUAUUUGUUUUUAAAAUCAUGCAAAUGCCUGUUUUCUUUGUCACAAGAAGAAAUGGCGUCUCUCAUGGAACUUGUGUCACCUACCGUCGUAUUCACAGAGGGCGGCAAGACUUUGUGCAAAGUUGAAAACGCGCUCACGCUCAUAUCAGCUGCACCGCUUCUUGUUGUCUUCUCAGGGAGAAGACACAGCUACCUGACAUUCCAGGCCCUACUACAACCGAAUGACCCGGAGUUCAGACCGUCUAUAUCCAACCCGGAGGACCACGUUGCCUUCGUACUAUUCACUUCUGGCACCUCGGGCCUCCCAAAGGGCGUCAUGCUGACAGAUGUGUACCUCCUUCAGAACAUGCCUCAUUUUUCGAGGAAAAUUGACAAGCAGCCGACUACUUUGCUGACAUCGCCCGUCUUUUGGAUGAGCGGCACUACGAUACUACUGGGGUCAUUGAUUGGAGGACUUAAGCUUGUCUUUGUACGAGGCCCUCCAAAGGAAGUGGAACUCCUCAGCUGUAUACAGAACUACAAGGCCAACAUAUGGUUCUCCCUGCCAAUGACACUCAAUGCACUGCUGGACUUCCCGGGUAAAGACGCGUAUGACUUAAGCAGCUUAGUCAUUCUAAGUGUUGGCGGGGUGAUCCUCAGUGCAGACAGUGCUCUUCGCAUUCAAAAGGAGUUGUUCAGGAAUAAGAUCUCCAUCCUACAAGGAUAUGGAAUGACUGAAAUGGGAGUCAUUGCGACUGGCCUCCCGGGGCUUAAUAAGCCUGGAUCAUGCGGAGUGCUCAAACCAGGAAUUAAAUGCAGGAUUGAGGAUUUGGAAACCGGUGAUUCACUCGGGCCAGGGCAGGAAGGCGAGAUCUGCCUAAAAUCACCGUUCAUGAUGAAAGGGUACAUCAACAAUCCCGAAGCUACAGCAGCCACUUUUGACGAUAAUGGAUGGUUUCAUACAGGAGACAUCGGCUACUAUGACGAGGACGGGUUUUUAUUUGUUAUUGACAGGCUGAAGGACCUGUUCUUUUACAAAUCUUAUCAGAUUGCUCCUGCUGAGAUAGAAAACGUCCUGCGAACACAUCCUGCUGUCAAAGAUGUAGCUGUAUUCGGCAUACCACACCCGAUCGAUGGUGAUCAUGCGACUGCCUUCGUCGUAGCAAACAAGGCCAUCUCGGAAACCCAGCUGCUCGAGUUUGUAGCAGAGAGGGUACCAGAGAAGAAACAAAUCCAUGGAGGGAUCAGGUUCGUCGAAUUCAUCCCAAAAACGUCGACGGGAAAACCGAAAAAGAAGGCACUCAGGGCCCAACUUUUAGAGCUGGAGGGGACGAAUUUUGUGAAACGACCUUGGAUGUCGGUGACACGGGCAAAGAAGAAAGCACCAAACAAACUACAACUCCUCCGUAGUCAAUUCACAUCGUGUUCAUAAGACACAAAACCCGAGUAUCGCCAAAUGAUUUACAUAAUGACCUGUUGAACACACUUGGCUGACACAAUAGCGAGAACAGCAAGCCAUGGCAUACUACACUUAAAACUAGACGGCGAAGGAUGGCGGACUUUCUUCCUCGCCACAAUAAAAAAUAUUUUAAAAGAAGGCGCAUACACGAAGAGAUAUGCCCAACUUUUCCAUUCGUACCGAAACAUGAAGAAUGAGAUUUACAUUGAUUUAGGGCGAAAUAUUUACGGCAAAACUUAAUAUAUUAAGUACUUAAAUGUAAAAAUUGUUUUAUACGAUACUUAUUUUUGUUACAGAGAUUCCAACAGUCCUACAGUUUAGCUACACGGUGAAUUAUUUUUUGUAGACACUUUUAUGAAGUUAAUGCUCACUGAAUUAGAAAAUAAAUAAUUUAUUUAUAUCACAAAAUUUUGUGACAUAUGCACUGAGUAUUCAAUCUGUCAGUAGUGACCAUAAAAUUAGAAUUAAACAUUUUUUUAAUGCUUUUAAAUGCCUUGGCCUAAGAGUACAAUUCCAUUUUUCUUUAUCAAAAAACACUGAUAAUGGAGAUAGUAUAUUUUCAACUAAUUGUUUUACCCAUUUUAAACAGUUUCAAGUUACUAUUUUUCAAAACCAUCUUUGUUAUGUAACAAAAGAACAAUUAUGUUGACAAAAAUUCAAUUUGAUUAGAAAUAUAUUUUUUAAUGGUCUAUAAUUCACUUAAUAUUAGAGAAUAAUUGUAAAGAGGAUAUUAAAUAUAAAAUUUUAUUGAAAAUACUAAUCCAAAGAAUGAAAAACUAUUGUUAAUUACUUUGACCAACAGGAUCAGAUUGAAAAUAAUUCACAGAUUUUUCCCUCAAUGAAAUAAAUAUAAUAAUAAAUAAAUUUGGAUAAAUAUAUAUUUUUUACGUUAACUGUGGAUGUUGCUUUUCCACUACCAGAUCCUGACAUAAUUUAUUUUAGACUCUUUGAAAUAUAAAAAUUUUGUUUCUAUUUUUUAAAUCAAUAUUAUCUAUUAAGUUGCUUGAUGACAAAACUGUUUGUUUUUGCUCAAAUAAUUAAUAGUUACAGUAAGGUGACACUUGGGGCAAACAUUACCCCCUCUACCUUCCCUGUCAUGGCGUCUGGCGAGACAGUUUUUACCACUUCUUUUCCUCCUUCCAGACACCCCCACCACUACUAGGAGUGACGUCACUGAUUUUCCAAUGUUUUGACGAGUGACGUCACUUAAUUUUUUCACCACUAUGGUAUUUGAUGAGGUUUUUUUCCCACCAUAUUGUGUCAUGGGUUAAGAAAAACUGCCGGUUUGAAGAAUAUAUUAUUUAUUUAUAUUAUUUAUAAAGUGUUACAAUUAAAUGAAUUCAAUUUCGUGGUCGCCUUUGUAUACUAGUGACAUUUUUCGUUGUGUUUCGCCGUACGAAGUUAACACGUCAGCGGUGAUUAUCUCGAACGUUUCGGGAGGAAUACUCUCGUUGAAGAAGUCUCCGAUGUAGUAGGUCCGAAGUAUUCAAGGUCGGCGUAAAUGGCAUCGCCGUAUUUCGUUGGGAUUUUGACCAAACCCUUCACCUCGUAAGCGAAUCCUACGUUUAAAUCGGAAAUUUUUCCAAUUCUUUUUCGAGCAGUAAUUUGGUUGAGAGCACGUACGAGUUUCGUAGAGUCCAUCUAUGUGAAAUUAAGGUAAGUCAAUAUCUGUACGAAAUAAAUAAAGUUAUGUAUUGAUAUGUA